AUGACGGAGACAGGCUGGGACAUGCUAUGGGUUUAUAUAUAUGGAACCAUUUUCGUCAUUGUAUCCAUCAUUUGUAUAAACUACUACAACUACGAGCAGCAUGAACGUCGAAAACUCGAACUGGCGAAACAAAAAUCUCCGAAGAAGAGUACAAAGCCAAAGAGACCUUAUUGGCCCGAAGCGGCGCCAUGUCCGAGAUCAAGCCAACAUUCGACAACAAACGAAGCGGGACCAUCCAACUCUGAAGAGAGUUCACAAACUCGCCAAGCCGGGUCAACUAACUCACAAACUGGAACUUCUGCAACGAACACACUAUCUACAUCUUCUAACAAACCAAAUAAUUCGAAGAAAGGAUCCAAGAAAAACGCAAAAUCUUCUGAUAAAAAGAAGAAAUAA